AUGAUUACUCUUGUAAAGCUUAUUUGUCCGCUUUGCGGUUUGGAUGAGUACUAUGAAGAACCCAGAAGUUUAAUCAUGCAUUGCUUUGAGGAACAUGACCAGGUGUUCCCGCCCAGACUCAGACGUGUACACGACAUCACACGGAAAAAGUGGAACGCGAAAAAUAUCGCCAAGUAUCCAACCGCGCCUGUGAGGCUAGCUUGUCUUUGCUGUUCUUUGCUGUUCAAAGAAAGAAGGGAAUUGGAAACUCACAUGUGUCGGGAUCAUAUUCGCUUGCAAGUCAAAAAAAGAAUAGGGAAAAAUAAAAACGCAGACACGUGGAUGGUGGGUGACAUCAACGUAUCCGCAUUAUUUCGAGGAAUCCGCGAUAGCAAUCCAAACGAUCCACUGUCUGACGACGAAAGUGAUGCUCAAGUGUUUACAUCUCAGUCAUGUAAUUUGUCCCUCGCAUACGGUCCUCAUUUUCCUGACAGCAUCCUCUAUAUAAAUGCAAUGAACACGUACGAAGAUUGGCCCCCGGACCACUUUUCUCCAGCUCUGUUGAAGGCCAUGCGGCAUGAUCUUCUCGGCACAAUACAGUUUCAAAGAACCAUGACCCCUAGUACGGCUAUUUCAAUCGAGGAUACGCUCAUGGCGUUUCGAGACGACGUUAUGGAUGGCCUAGAAGCCGAAUUUCAGCUUAUCGCCUUGGCUAGGACUGUAAAAGGUGCUGAAAGACAAGUUGUUCUUGCCAUUGCAUCCCUGAUUCCUGCGUUGAAAGGCCGGGACGCUGGACGUCUUCCUGCAAAUCAGCUGAUGGCGUCGCAUAUCCAUCCCUUUAUGCAGUGUUUCUUUGCCAUUAAUCGACCGCAAAAGAGCUCUUGUUUUCACGAUAAUAUGACGACAGAAAACGACGGUAAAAAGCGGUCAGACUACGUUGUCAAUAUCUGUGGACAGAAUCGAGACACCUUUCCAAGCUGCGUAGGGGGAGGGACCGAUGAAGGCACUUCUGAGUGUCUCAUGACCAAAGCCACCACGGUUGCUGGUUAUUCCAUGAAAGCUAUCUAUGAACAUCAUCUCGAUGGUAUCCUAUCUUUCCGAACAAUUGAUGAAAUCAUCACGUUUUACUACAUGACUCGUCGAGGUGGGUUUCUGCCAUUCGUAGAAUUGGCGUCCGUCGCCAUACCAACUCAGAAGCAAUCCAUCAUGUCACUUGUUUCAUCACUUGAUGAUCUGGUUUCUGUGUGCGUUUUACACGAAACCAUCGCUAAAAGGGACGUGGUGGAUGGUGCACCAAAGCCAAAAUCGGUGCCGCUAAAACGACCUUCUUCAUCUAGUUCCAUGCCCUCACUGUAGUCGUUAAAACGGUGAAUUUGCUCUUUCCCUUCUUUCUCUUCAACCUUUCAUCCUUUGCUAUUCUGGCGCAGCAGGCUCUCAUGUAUUCC